AUGGCCCGCAUGGACGAAUUCAGGCGCCGGCACAUGCAUGAUGAUGACGACGAGAACUGCGAACUGGACGACGAGAACUUCGAGGUUGGCGCAGCAACCCAAGGCGCCCAAGAGACCGAGCCGCAGUCCGCAUCCCCGGAGGAGGUUGAGCCGAUGGGUCCCGUCCAAGAGACCAGUGUCAGCCAGAUGCCGACAGUCACGCCCGCGAUCGCCGACCACACACCAUUGAGUCACGGCCAAGCGGCUCCAGUCUUCGACUUCAACCUCGAACGGGUAGCGCAGGUGUCCCGGUCCGUUGCCAGGGCGGACAUACCGACGAACAGGGAGUCACCGAGGCUCAAUGUCGAGGCGGCGAUGGCCGCGAUUGCCGGUAUCCGCGGUCCUGGCGCCCAGCCUCAGCACGUUCCAUCCGAUGAGCAGCUCAUUGCCCGUCCCUCACAGCGUGAAAGCGCGCCCGGAAGCCAAGCAGAGGGCAUCGCAGGGGCUUUAGGCGAGUCCGUCUGGCCCGAGCAAGGCGGCGGAAGAGGAGGAGAAGCAACCGCUGAGCAGGCCAAUGCCGCACUGACCCAGCACGCCGGUCCUGCUGAGCGGAAGGUGCUCCCUGCUCGCGGCGUGAGAGGAAACAAAGAAGCAAAGCAGAAGGCGCUGCAAGGACUCCUGAAGGAGGAGGGAACUGACCCGUGA